GAGAAGGGAGUCAUUCUCCCCCUUCCCAGGCGUGGGGCGGUGCGAGUUGCAGAGGGUGGGAGCGUAUGACGUUUCAUAGCAACAGACUCUCUGGGCAUGUGCAGAGGUCUUCCCAUUGGACCCCUGGUAUCAGUGUCAGGGUGCAAGCCAGGCAUAUAAAGCAGCAGCGAACAGUUUCCUUGGGCAUGUGCAGAGCUUUGCCACCACCAAGUGCUAUCAGUGUCCAAGCAAUUUGCGAUACAAUAGCAGGAGACCCUCUGAGCAUGUGCAGAGUUCUGACCAAUAAAUGAAUGUGGUUGCUACCGGAGACUAAGAUGGAUCAUGCAAAGCCUUUGCAGCUGCAAUCUCCUGCUACCGCCGUACAGAAAAACAUCCACGUCCUGGUGGGGGUAACCGGGAGUGUGGCUGCCUUAAAACUGCCUCUUCUCGUGACAGAGCUUCUGAAAAUCCCUGCAGUGGAAGUGCGGGUGGUGACGACAGAGAGGGCAAAACACUUCUACAACCCCCAGGAGCUUCCGGUGAAGGUGAAUCUCUACGACGAUGCAGAGGAAUGGCAGCUAUGGAAAGGGCGAACGGAUCCCGUUUUGCACAUCGACCUGCGGCGCUGGGCGGACCUUAUGCUGGUGGCGCCUCUGGACGCAAACACCCUGGCCAAGAUGGCGAACGGCAUCUGCGACAAUUUGCUGACCUGCACCGUCCGGGCCUGGGAUCUCAGCAAGCCGCUUCUCUUCUGCCCCGCCAUGAACACGGCUAUGUGGAACCACCCGAUCACAGCUCGGCAGAUCGAGCAGCUGAAGAGCUUCGGCUACACGGAGAUCCCUUGCAUCGUGAAGAAACUCGUUUGUGGCGAUGAAGGAUGGUUGCUGGGUCGCGAAGGUGACGUCAACGGAGCUGAAUCCAGUCAUCGUAAGCUGCUCAGUCUUGAGCAAAUUUGGGACCCUCCUGAAGCCAAGACCAUCAUUGCCUUUUGAUAGCGGGCGCUCCCUGAUGACACACUUGUUCUGUCCCGGAGGCAUUGAACCAGAAUGGCAUUGGGUGCGCGUUAACAAUGGAAAGAAAUGGAGUUGCCGUGCUUCGCUUGUGGACCUUCUGGGGGCAUCUUGGACUCCGCUGGUGUGAAGCGGGAUGCUGGAUUCAGUGGCUUGCUGGUCUGAUCCGGCGUGGCUGUUCUGGACAUGCUUUGCAGGUAAAACGGUGGAGCAGAGGAACAAACGCCAUGCCCUGUGCCCCUUGCAGGGAGAAAUGUCAUCAGAGGAAGUUCAUUGGGACUCUUUAGUUUGGAGAGGAGGCGUCUGAGGGGGGAUAGGAUUGAAGUCUAUAAAAUUAUGCAUGG